AUGGCCCCAAGCCCUCUGCACAUCAACACCACCUUUGCACUCACAGUCUUGCUGGCGUUGCUGGCGCUGCUCCUCGCCGCGCGCAAGCUCGUCACCGCGCACUGUCAUCUGCGCGACUUUCCGGGUCCGUUCUGGGCCGCCUACACGCGGCUGUGGCUCUGCCGGACGCUCGCCUCGGGCGACUCGGCGCAGCUCCUCGUCGGCGUCAACAAGACGCACGGCGCCGUGGCGCGCGUCGGGCCCAACCACCUCGUGACGAGCGACCCGGACCUGACGCGUCAGGUGCUCGCCGUCGGGUCCCGGUGGCGGCGCGGGCCGUGGUUCGACUCGAUCCGCAUCGACCCGCGCGUGUCCAACAUUGUGUCGGAGCGGGACCCGGCCGCGCACAAUGCGCUGCGUCGCCGCAUUGCCCCCGGCUACGCUGGCCGCGACGUGCCGGGCCUCGAGGACGCCGUCGACGAGCGCAUCGCCGCCUUCAUCGCGCGCAUCGACGAGCGCUGGGUCUCCGAGGCUGGGCGCACCCGGUCGUUUGACAUUGCGCGCCGGCUCCAGUUCUUCACCAUUGACACCAUCACGCAGCUCUGCUUCGGGAAGCCCAUGGGCUUUGUCGAGUCCGACUCGGACAAGCACAACUUCAUAGCCACGAUAGAGAUGCAGGUACCCAUUGUGCAGCACUUUUCGGUUCUGCUGGCACUCAGCACGCUGCUCAAGUGGGCCUCUGCCGUUCCUUUGCUCAGAGGACUCGUUGUGCCCUCGGCGGCAGACAAGACCGGCAUCGGCAUCAUUAUGGGGUUAUCCCGGCAAGAAAUUGAUGGCCGCAUGAGCGAAACGGAGAAGCCCAAGCCUGACAUGUUGGGCUCCUUUCUGAAACGCGGCCUCAGUCCGGACCAGGCCGAGAUGGAGAUAUCUAUAACACUUGUUGCCGGUUCCGAUACCACCGCCACAGCUCUUCGCGCGACGUUGCUGUCCAUCAUCUCGACGCCGACCGUCUACCAGCGGCUUGUCCGGGAGAUCGCGACGGCCGAGGCAGACGGGCGCAUAUCCUCACCUGUGCAAAACGCCGAGGCGCAGCAGCUGCCCUAUCUGCAGGCGGUCAUCCGGGAGGGCCUCCGGCGGCACCCGCCCAUCACGCAGCUCCGCGAGCGCGAGGCGCCGCCCGAAGGCCUGCAGCUUCCCGACGGCCGCCGGAUCCCGGGCGGCACGUUUGUCGGCUUCAACGCGUGGGGCACGCAGCUCGACCCCGUAUUCGGCGCCGACGCGCACGUCUUCCGGCCCGAGCGAUGGCUGCCAGAGAGCUACGAGGAUGAUGAAGGGGGGGCCCGGCGACUGGCCGCCAUGGCCAGGGUGCAGGAGCUCGUGUUUGGCCAUGGCAUGACGCGCUGCCUGGGCAUAUCGAUUGCCAUGAUGAACUUGAGCAAGAUGUUGGUCGAGCUAUUUCGCCGGUAUGAUAUACAAACCAUCAACAGCCAGAAGCCAUGGACGAGUCUGUGCUAUGGAAUCUUCUUUCAGAAGGACUUUUUUGUGAGGAUCACUCGGAGGGCGUCGGUGAAUAUGCCUAGCUCAGGAUAA